AUGAGGUUUAUUCUACUUUUUGCGCUGGUUCUAUGCACUGUUUUGGGACGUGUGAAAAGAGUGGCAGAUGACGUCGACGAUAAACCUCCAUGGUGCGAGAUCUGCAUAGAUCUAGCCGAGAAGCUGAAAGAAACCCUGAAAUGGGGUGACAAUUUGAAUGAGGUUGCUCAUAAAUUCUGCAGUGAAAAAAUGCCAACGUCUCUUAUAGAAGAAUGCCAUAUAAAUGUGGACAAAUAUUGGGUGAAAGUCAUGGAAUCAAUAGAGGAAACACCUACAUCGCCUGUGCAAGUUUGGUCAAACAGAAACAUGAGGACAGCGUUGGUAGUCGCAGUAAUACUCUCAGCUAUUACCAUGGCUGUUUCUUAUAGGAAGAAACCGCUAUGUGAGAUGUGUGAAGGACUUAUAGAAAAAGUUGAUGAGGUUCUUGAAAAGGGAGGAGACAUUGAGCAGGCUGUAGACGAAUUUUGUCGUGAAGAUGUCCCAAGUUUUCUCGUGGACUAUUGUGAAAAGAUUAUUGCAAAGAAUCUCAAAGAAAUCAUCGAAAAACUCAAGGAUCACGAAUCACCAGAGAAGAUAUGCACAGAUAUUUAUCUUUGCGCUGCUUGAAUAAAGGCGUUUGCUCAUCGAUUGUUGCCUAAUUAUUCCAAUGUCGAUUUUCUAUGAAGUUAAGAUGAACUCAUGCAGAAAAAUGUUAUCGCCAAAUCGCACCAUGUAUCAGUAAGCAUGAAUAAAUAAAUAUCACUACGACGAAAAAAAUGU